CUGGCCACAAUUUUAUAUUCUUACCUCGUUAGUUUUUGUUUUUUCUUUUGUUUUAUCAACAUUCAGGUUGCCCUGCAAAGUGUAGCCACAAGUCUGAAACUGCCACGCCAUCUCCGGACAGGGGAAUUCCAGAACAGUAACAACAAAGAACGGGAAUGGAACAUGGCACAACAGCUGCAGGAAGGCUGCAGCGCCUUGCAGACAGGGGACAUAGACAUGGCAGAACAGCUGCAGGAGGGCUGCAGGGCCCUGCAGACAGGGGACCUGGACACGGCAGAACAGAACUUUGCAGCUGCGUUGAAGGCUGUUCAUGGGAAAGAGUCAAGCAGAGAGGUGGGGCCACUGUUAAAGUUAAGUGAUGUCUAUCUGAAGAGAGGGAUGCUGUCAAAAGAUGGUGAUGACUUCACCAAGGCAGCAGCACUGUGUAACGCAGCACUGGUAAGAUCCAAAACAAAAGACCAAGGUGACAUCAAACAAACAGUCCAGUUGAUAACCCAAUCAUUUGUUAAGCACGUCCUGGGUAUUACACAAACGGUAGACAUCGAUGACGUAGACAAACACAAAACCCUGUUGAAGAAAGACCGACACCAAGUAGAAAAACAAAUCGAAAAGAUUGAACAACAAGCCGAUCCUUACAGCCUUGAUGAGGACGACCCAAAUAUCACAGAAGUGGAGAAGAGGAGAGUGGAAGCAAUCAAAUCAUUGUUUCAGACAAUACUGUAUCAGCGAAGAACGCUUAUUGUUUGCCUUAUAGAUGAAUGUAUAAAGGUAAUGUGUCCCCCUCCCUGUAAGUACGCCAUGAUAGGCUUGGGUUCGCAAGCCACAGGUCUAGUAACACCGUACUCUGACCUAGAAUUUGCCAUUUUGAUAGACAAGGAAACUGAAAAUAAUGUCACCUACUUCCGCAACCUCACUCACUACCUGCAUCUCAAAGUAAUCAAUCUGGGAGAAACUAUUCUUCCUGCCAUGGGAAUUAAGUCUCUUAAUGAUUUCUAUUCAGACGAUCCACUGGACAACUGGUACUAUGACUCUGUAACACCGCGCGGGUUUUCGUUCGAUGGAGCCAUGCCACAUGCAUGCAAGACUCCGUUAGGCAGGGGUAAACCGUCUGAACUUAUCCGCACACCCAGCAACAUGGUAAAACUCCUGGAAGACAAUGUCACGUUCCGUUUAAAGAAAGGCUACCAUCUUGCAAGUGUCCUGGGGAAUGUUUCUUUAAUCGCAGGAGAGCAAGAGUUGAUCGAUGGAUAUAGGUCUUUAUGGACUAAGACACUGCGUGAAGACAGUAGAAAAAUUCCCUCCUUACUCGCAAAUGCCAUAAUAACAGAGAAUUCCCAAAAUUUUGAAAAACAUGUCCUAAGCGACAGUCUGCUUAAUGUUAAAAAAGAAAUCUAUCGGUUUUCAAGCAUUGUCGUCAUAUGUUGGGCAUUGCGUCGUGAAAUACAACCGACGACAAUCUGGGAGACAAUUGCAAAGAUGCAGGGGAAUGGUGUCAUUGAUGACAAAAACGCGCAUCAUUUGAUGGUGAUGGUCAGCAUCUCAGCAGAACUGAGGCUGCGGACAUACAUGAACAAUCAUGGCCAAGUGGAAAAUAUGUCAGUAUUAUCGUCCAUGCCGACAGAAACAGAUCUAGGGGGAAAAUUAAGGAAAGUGUUUUACAUCUCAAAUGCAAAACAGCUCAUGAGAUACUAUUUCACAGCAACACCUUUGAAGCGCUUUGUCUCCAAUAUCAUCAAGUCGCCAGGAGAUGCUUUAGAACUAUUUGACAAUUCUUUGCAACUAAAAUCACAGAUAUACAAUAGUCUGUGUGAUUACCCUAACUCAAAGGUAUGUUUGGAAGAGCUUCUGCAGAACUAUAAAACCAGAUUUAGUGAAACAUCCAUACAUUCUGACAUUGUCCAAACACUUACAAAGUUAGCUAAAGCAUGUCGUAAAAGUGGUGAUCGCAUAGAGGCUGUCAGCUAUCAACAACAGUCACUACAGAUGGAGCGGAUUACUCAUGGUGAGAACAAUGUACAUCCUGAUAUCGCCUCGUCACUUAACAACUUGGGUUAA